UUGAAAUGGGCCGAAAUGGCAAAUCCGCAAUUUAACGAAACUGCAGGACCACUCUCAACACCCAUAUUCGCCUAUAAAGCUUUACUCCACUUAAAAAACCCCUUGUACAACCCAUUUUGCCAAUUAAUUCAACAGAAGAGCUCAGGCAGGAGAGACAAACAAACCGAGCGCACCACAAUGGGCUACAGACGUUUCGCACAGCUCGCAGCCAGCGACGAUGAGGACGACGCACCACCACCACUACCACCAGCACCGCCGCCACAUUCCUCCAACACCGACGAUGAACAACCGAAUCGGAGGAAGAGGAAGAAGAUGAAGCUCAGCGAAGUGGAAGAACAAAAGGAAGCGGAAGGGAGAGGUAAAAAGAAAUCGAGAGGAGAAGAGCAUUCGAUUAGCGGCGGAGAGGAAGACAACAAGGAAGAGGUGGUACAGGAGGACGCCAAGCCCAUUGGCGUCGUCAUUAGGGUUUCUGGUAAGGGACGAGGGAGGCGCAGCCACUACUCGGGAUUCGAGUACGACGGAAUUUCCUACGAUCUGGAGGAUCCUGUGCUUUUAGUUCCCGAGGAAACAAACCAAAAACCUUAUGUGGCCAUCAUUAAGGAUAUUUCUCGGACCAAAAAUGGGGGCUUGAUGGUAACUGGACAGUGGUUUUAUCGUCCCGAGGAGGCAGAGAAAAGAGGAGGUGGAAAUUGGCAAUCGCGUGAUACGAGAGAGCUGUUCUACAGUUUCCACCGUGAUGAGGUUCCAGCAGAAUCUGUGAUGCACAGGUGUGUGGUGCACUUUAUACCUUUAAACAAGCAGAUUCCGAGGCGUAAACAGCAUCCUGGUUUUAUUGUGCAAAAGGUGUAUGACACAGAACAAAGGAGACUGUUUAAGCUAACUGAUAAAGACUAUGAAGACAGCAAACAGAAUGAACUCGAUGUUCUUAUUCAUAAAACUUCAUCUCGAUUAGGGGAUCUUCCUGAUGUUGAGCCUGAAGAUUCCGCUGCUGAUCAGGAAGAUCAGUUGAAGAAUAAAAGACUGCUCAGGAAAAAGAACAUGUCACCUCUUGAUGUUUCAAGGGAGGAUGAAGCAACAACUAGGUCUGGUCAAUCCAUGAGAGCAGAAACGCCAGGAAGUGUUACAAGCAAUACCUCGGAGUACUACACCAUUUUAGCAAACUUCAAGGUUCUAACUGGUGAAACUCAACGUGACAAAUGGUUAGAAAAGCUUCUUCAAGGAAUUCAGUUUAUAUGCACUCCCGUGGAAAAUGGGCAGAGUGAUGAUAAAGAAAAACGUGGAUCUCACAGCAUUGAUCAUGCCAGUUACAGUAAUUGCACAAAAACUGCAAAUGGAUCUCAAGAAAAGAAGCUAAAAGGUAGCACAUCUUUUAUCUGGCCAGAUGCCGCUGUUCCUGCUGUAGCUGCUCUUGAGAAGGCCUCACAUGAAGCCCUUUCCUCUGAUUUUCUGAAGUAUAACCAAAAGAUGCGGCAGCUGAUGUUCAACCUUAAGAACAAUAAAAUGUUAGCUGGACGUUUAUUGAAUGGAGAGUUGGAACCUUCAAAAAUACUGAACAUGUCACCUAAUGAAUUAAAGGAGGGUUUAACAGCAGAAGAGAUAGCAAGCAAGGAGCCUGAAGAGUCAGAGCGGAUGCAGAUGACUGAUGCUCGCUGCAAAAGAUGCAAGGAGAAAAAAGUGGGUCUAUUAGACAUUAUCCAAGCUGGACAUGGAGAUCGUUAUCAGUUAGAGUGUAUUGCUUGCGGUAAUACGUGGUAUGCCUCCAGAGAUGAGGUAUCUACAUUGACAAUAGACGGACCAAGUUCUGCAAAGAGCGUAGGCACUGCACCAUGGGCCACUGCCAAGUUUGAAGAUGUUGAGAAGAAGUUGGUGAGCCCCCGUGAAUCUGAGAAAUCAGCCGCUGAUGUUUUCAAAAAGACGACUGAAGAUAACAUGCCGGUCUUGGAUUCCCAGAAAUCAUUUAACAAGCCUAAAAUUGAGGACAGUUCUGCAAUGAGCCAAGUAGGGGUUCAGAAAUCAGCUGGUGAUGUUUCCAGAAAAGCAACCGAAGAUUUGGAGACGCAGAAAUCAUUUAAGCAGCCUAAAACUCUAGACAGUUCUGCAAUUGCUAAAAAUGCCAACUAAGUUUAGCUGCAGUUAUUCUGCCACUAGUUUUCUUUUUGUAUAUUGUAAAUCGUAUCUCUUGUUUUAUGUUGUUACCUUGUAAAAAAAAAUUCAGUCCAACUUGUUUUAAUCAUCUAAUAGUAGUAUAGGCAUUCAGCAACUUAAAAGAGUCAGAGCAGUUGAAUCUCUGGGUGAUUGAUUACCUAGACAGAAUUCUGAUUUUGUACCUCUGGUUGCAACUGAUGAUAUGCAGAAAUACACAUUCUAGUUGGUAGCUGUGGCAGCGUCGUCCCACGAGCACAUUGUGGGGAGCCAAUCAUUAGUGUGGUUUGACAUGAUGUUAUUGUCUUUGGUACUAUUAAUUACCCAUUCAUUAGUGUGGUUUGACGUGA